AUGUCUCGUUUCAACCGGUUUGCUUUAUUUUUGCUGUUAACUAUUAAUUUGUACUAUCUGACGGUGACAGCAUCAAAAGGACCUAUUAUCACAAACAAAGUUUACUUCGACAUAAAGCAUGGAGAUAAAAAUUUAGGCCGUAUUGUUCUCGGAUUAUAUGGAAAGACAGUUCCGAAAACCGCCGAAAACUUUCGCGCGUUGGCAACUGGAGAAAAAGGUUAUGGAUACAAGGGUUCAAUAUUCCAUCGUGUUAUCAAGGAUUUUAUGAUACAAGGUGGAGAUUUUACGAAAGGUGAUGGUACAGGAGGAAAAUCCAUUUAUGGAGAAAAAUUCCCUGAUGAAAAUUUCAAACUUCGACAUACCGGACCUGGUGUUUUGAGUAUGGCCAAUGCCGGGCCCGACACUAAUGGCUCUCAGUUUUUCAUCUGUACCGUUAAAACCUCGUGGCUUGAUAAUCGUCACGUGGUAUUCGGAUAUGUCUUGGAAGGAUUGGAUGUAGUUCGUGCCAUUGAAAAUGUGGAAAAAGGUCCUAAUGAUCGACCAAAAGUUGAUGUUAUGAUUGAGGACUCGGGCGAACUUCCUGUUGAAGAAAACUUGAGAGUUGAAUUAUGA